AUGAUCACAAAUACACACUAUUUCGUAGAUUCAUCACCAUCAAACGUAAAUUUUAUACCAGAAUUAAUCGAUUAUAAUGUUUCACAAAUCACUCCAUAUGUUUUUGUUACGGCUGAAAAUACAGCUCGACAAUUUACAAAUAUAUCUUCACAUGGUAUUACUUGUGUAAUUAAUUUAGCAAAAGAAUUACCACAAAUUACAUUUCCAUCUCGAAGUGGUAUUGAAUCAUUAAAAUAUCCUAUAAUAGAUAAUCCAACAUUUCCUGCUUUACGUUAUUUUGAUAUAGUUGCUGAUCGUAUAGCUGCUAAUGUUACUUCAAAUCGACGAACACUUUUAUAUUGUCAUCAUGGUCGAUCACGUUCAAUAACAUUUAUUUUAGCUUAUCUUAUAAAACAUCAUCAUCUACCAUUAUAUAUAGCAUAUUCUCUUGUCAAAUCUAAACGAUAUUUAGCUUCACCUAAUGUUGGUUUUUGGUCACAAUUAAAAAAAUAUGAAUUAUAUCAACGAAAUCAAAAACAAAUUAUACCACAAAUUUUAACAUAUUUUCAGGAUUCUCUAGCAUAUAGUGGCCAAAUAUUAAAUAAAAUGUCUAAUGGAUUUGAACGAGUAUUAACUCAACUUCCAAUUGUUAAUGUAUUUGCAAAUACUAUAUAUCCAAGAAAUCGAAAUUUUCAUGUACGACGGUAUUAUCAUACUAUGCAACGAAGACCAUCAGCAUAUUCAUAUCCAUACUAUAUUCGAUUACCACGAAGAGUCUAUCGUCAUAGAUUAUAG